AUGACAACCUCGGAGGCCAACAGCCUCAACCUCCUGGACCUCCCCGUGGAUAUCCUCAGCAUCAUCCUGAAGCCACUUGUCACAUCAACCGUCAACCCGCUGCCCAUUCUCCUCUCUCACCCGGCGCUACACACCAUCGCCACUCCGCUGCUGUACGCAGGAAACGAGUUCUUACUGGACGCAUCGGGACCCCAUGCACAACACAUCCGCAGAGAAUUACAGAGCGCUCCGCCCGGAGCCGACGACAGACUUGCCGGCCGAGCUACGCUGCUCACAACACGAGGUGCUCUACGCAGAAUAGCGAGACUGGAAGUGCGAAUUGAUCGCUUGAGAGGAUGGAUAGGGACAGAUAUUAUACCACUACUCACGGAGCUAGCUGUGCAAGGAAGAAUGGAUUACCUCACAGUCUGGGUUCGCACCCCCAUCGAGCCGAGGACUCCGGCCCAUUCCCGCCCUGCCAAGCCGGGAAAAGAUCUGGACAUGUUUGCACGACCACCUCUGGAGGGUUUACUGCGUGUCCUGGCAGAUCCGUACUUACUGUCAGCGCGGUUAUGGGCAGACGCGCGGCAUGCGAAGACGUGGUGCCAAUUCCAUAUGGAUGCCGGAGGAUGCGGAGCGGAGAGUGGAGACCCGGGGCGGGAGCGGGAGAGGGUGGAGAUUGAUUGGCGGGAGAUACUUCGCGUGGUAGAUCCAGAGAGAAAGGAGAUCACGGUCGUAGGCACUGAGAAGAAGUGGUGA